AUGACCCGGAAAAUGUGGGGCUUAAUUCCUGUGUUGAACUGCUCUCAGCUGCUGAAGCUUUACCCUUGGCAGUGCACACCCUCCAUCUGCCCCAUCACGACCCAGGCACCCCCGGCGGACUCUCCUCAUCGUACCAUGUCAGCAGACCAAGCUUUUGUGACACUGGCCACAACUGACAGCUACGCCAAGGGUGCGAUGGUUCUCGGCCAGUCGUUACGAAAUCACAACACAACCAGGAAACUGGUCGCACUCGUAGGACCUCAUGUUGCAGAACCUUGCAGAGAUGCACUGCGCUCCAUUUUUGAUGAGGUGCGUGUGGUGGAUGUUAUGGACUCGGGUGAUGUGGCUCAUCUCUCCCUGAUGAAGCGUCCCGACCUGGGAGUAACAUUCACCAAACUGCACUGCUGGACUCUCACACACUACAGCAAGUGUGUGUUCAUGGACGCAGACACACUGGUGCUGUCAAAUAUAGAUGAACUCUUUGAGAGAGAGGAACUAUCUGCAUCGCCAGAUCCUGGUUGGCCUGACUGCUUCAACUCCGGGGUGUUCGUCUUCAGACCGUCCAACGAGACUCAUGAGAAGCUGCUCACGUUCUGCAGUGAAAAUGGCAGCUUCGACGGUGGAGAUCAGGGGGUUCUCAAUAGUUUCUUUAACACCUGGGCAACGGCAGAUAUUUCUAAACACCUUCCCUUCAUCUACAACCUCAGCAGUAUCGCCAUCUACUCCUACCUGCCAGCUUUCAAACAGUUCGGCCGAGACGCCAAGGUGGUGCACUUUCUGGGCAAGGUGAAGCCAUGGAACCACUCCUACGAUGCUCAGAGGGGCGAGGUCAAAGGUCACUCCCUGUCCCCUGAUCUGUGCCAGCUGCACCCCGAUUACCUGCUCAUGUGGUGGCAGCUGUACACCAAAUCUGUUCUGCCUUUACUGCAGCAGGCCUAUGGUGACACACCCUUCAGCAGUGGCUUCGUAGAGGCAAGCGAGGACAGUAAGCUUCAUGAGGAUGUGACGGAGCAGCCAGAGCCUUUUGUUCCUCCUCCCCAGAAGGUUUCAUCAGAGGAAAGGAAGCAGCGCUGGGAAGCGGGCCAGAUCGACUAUAUGGGUGACGACUCCUUUGUCAACAUUGAGCGAAAGCUUGACUCCUUCUUAAAGUAGUGGCCAUGCAAGCGAGCGUGACCAACAGAGAGCACUGGUUGAAGCUUUGUGUGGAUGGAGAUUUAAGCACUGCUCAGCCAAUCACAGAGGCUUGAUUAGCAGGUGACUGGAUGGAUGCCCCUGUGUAACUUUCAGCCUCACUCUGUAUCCUGUCAGUGUGUGUAUGAAUGAGUAAGUUUGACACAAUUCUCAUACACUCUUACCAUUCACUUUUUCUGUAAAAGGACAUUUAGGGAAGCACACUCAUUUGAGUUAGAUGAGAAGAUUGAUAGCACUCACAUGUUUGUAUGGUAAAUAUGAAGCUACCGCCAGCAUCCAGCUAACUUAGCUUAGCAUAAACACUGGCAAACAGCUAGCCCCAUCAGUGUCAUUACUGCUGUAAGUUGCUCUAUGAUUUGGUCACAUAGUUUUAUGUAGGCAAACCUUAGGAGAAACAAUAAACAUGUCAAACAUUUUUGUAAUCUCACAGAUGUUUACUGUUGUGCCUGGAAUGAUCAAAUCAAGCUGCAACCUCUGGGGCUCAGAAAUAAUACCAAUGCUAAAGUGCCAAAAACAGCAGUUCUUCAAAUGGCCACUUGAGGCUCCAAAAGCAAGUCAGUCCCCAUAAACCCCCCAUGCUAAAAUGCCCAACUUUACAAUCGGAAAAAAAAACAUUAUGCAGUUGUGCAUCGUCAACUUACCUGACCAUUUCUUGGCCGAGACCAGUCAUUUCCUGGACUCUCCACUGGUUCGUUUUUUAAAUGAAUUUAACGAACAAGAUACAACACAUUCAUUUCUGAGGUGUUUGUUUGAAAACGGCUAGCUUUUUACAGGUUUCCAACCUUCGUUCUACGCGGUACCUUCACCGUACAGACGUGAGUGCUACAACUUUCUCAUUCCACUCUCAGGAAUAAAGUGGAUAAGUGUGCUUCCCAAAAUGUCAGACUGUUCCUUUAAAGCUAGGAUAACGUUAGCCACUUUAUUUCAAAAAAAUCAAAUUAUCUGUCACAAAAAUGCAAAACAAAUCCUGUUUCUGUGACUAUCGCAGGACUGCAAUAAGCACGGUGAAUAAGUUAUUUCGGUCUGAGGCCUACAUGUGUGCACCUGGCCCGUGCACUCACUGUGCACAAAAAUGUGUUAUGGGGAAGUGGCAUUGGAGGGAGGCCUAAAAGGAAAGGGUGGGAUUUUUUGGCUUCUUUAAAAUCUAGCUGUCUGUUGCUAGUUUCUCCAAGUUGCCUGCCAUAGCUUUACAUGUAGUUCUUGUGCAUCUGAUAGAGAUGGAUUCAGAAUCCUGAGUCUUCCUAACCUGUGGAAACAUUCAGCAACAACACAGACUGAGGAAAUGGCCUUGGGCAAAGCCUCCGUGCUGGAGGGAAGUCAAAAAGUUUAGAAGUUGUUGCUGCAUUUUACCACAACUCCUAUCCUGCAAUAAAUGUCUAAACUACUUUCAAGCAGAUAUGCAGCAACUGGCUCACUUCCUCCUUAUUUAUCUCCUAUUCAGGCAAUUAUAAAAAAAAAUCUUGCUUUAAUCAGUGUUCACCUCACCAGAGUAAACAGAUAAACAUCCCUAUCUGUGCCUCAGACACUCACCAGCUCCCUGUAACUUAAGCUUUCAAAUGUCUGGUGUUGUAUUUGCAUGGCACAGUUAAAACAAAGGUCAGUAACGAAGUACUUCCACCCACAUCCUAGUGAUGUCGACAGCCAAUUUUGUAUGCAUUUGUGUGCGUGUGCCCUGCAUGUUAUCUCUCUGCCAGACCCACAUCAGUAUAUCUUUGUGCCAUGACCCUUUUCAUCACUUCCUUCUGUAGCUUUACCAGCUGCCUUAUUACCGUUCACUGUUUACAAAACCUCACUUACUGUAACUGCUGCUAAUAGCACAUUAAAGUGGAGUCCCUCCUUUACUUCACUCCAGCUGUGUGAUCUUAAGCUAAACUAUAACCUGUAGCUCCUAACAAUAAUACUCUCCUCAGUCCAUUAAAUACACUCUUAUAAGAAGCUGGCAAGGUCAAGAGAAAUCCAUUUUUUCAAAUCUUGAUAGCCUGCUAAAUCCUGUAUGUGCAUGAGUGUGGAAGAGUAACAUAAUUGUAGUGGCAUCGGUUAUUGCAGGUCUGUCCUAUUCUCCAGCUGUACAUCCCUGUUGAAGCGCUAAUAAACUGGCAAAAGAUCACCUUAUC